GUGAAAAUAUCUACAGAGAAGAGAGAGAGAGAGAGAGUGCGGAGGUUUUUUGGUUUAGGCGACGGAGCUUUUUUUUUCUCUCUCUCUCUCUUUUCCGUACAAAUGGCGCCGCCGAAGAGUCAGGUUGACGGAGGAGAAGGAAAAGGAAAAGCUGUAGCUACUACUACGCCGUCGACAAGAGUGCUUCGAAGCAUGGAUCGGAAGACUCGAAGUGACACUCGACGAAGCGGUUCUUCUUCCAAGCUUGUUCAGCUCGAAUCUCCUGAGAAGAAGAAAAGGAAGGCGAAAGCGAAGGCUGGUGGAGCAGCGACGAAGAAGAUUAAGAAAGAAAAAGAAGAAGAAGAAGAAGAAGAAGAAGAAGAAGAAGAAGAAGAAGAAGAUGUAGCUGUGAAAGUUGAGAAAGAGGAGGAGGAGGAGGAACAUGGUGAUGAUGAUGCUGCUGCAGAGGAAGCAAAGGAAGAAGAUGACGACGAAUCUGGGAAGAAGAAGAUUGUGAUCGAGCACUGCAAACAAUGCAAAUCAUUCAGGGAGAGGGCAAAUCAGGUGAAGGAAGGUUUGGAGGAAGCUGUUCCUGGCAUCAUUGUGACUCUGAAUCCUGAUAAGCCAAGGCGUGGUUGCUUUGAGAUUCGAGAGGAAGGUGGUGAAACAUUUAUCAGUCUUUUGGGUAUGAAGCGCCCAUUUACACCGAUGAAGGAACUGAACAUGGAAGAGGUCAUUACGGAGAUCGUGGAGAAGAUUAAAUGACAUAGGAGUAAUAGAGUUUCUAUCAAUGCUGAGUCUUUUGUCUAUUCCUCAGCCAUCGGCAAAUAGCCUAGCUUUAAUAUUUGACUAUCUAGAGCAACUGCAAGACUUUUUAGGAUUAAUUUUUAAUGGUUUGGUGAAAACCCUUUAACCACAUGUUCAUCAUUUGCAGUGCUUGAUCGGCUUUGUGCAGGUUACUGAAGCUAAAAAUUUCUGAUAUAUUUGGUUGAUUUGAAAUGAUUUAUGUAGUUUGGUAUUAA